UGGCCAAUGGCAAGGGAUUAAAGGAGUAGUUGUCCAAAAUAUUUUAUUAGAUUUUUAUCUCACCUUUGUUACUUUAUAGAUAACUCAGGGCAGAGAACAAACAUAACAUUUCUUCCUCCUCCUAUUUUUCUCAGUAACAACCCUGUACAGUAGGUUGGGCAGAGAAAAAAUGACUGGCUCAGUCAUCCAGCUGGUUUUUAUGCCAAGGCAGAACUAGAACUCACAGUCUUCUGGUUUAUAGGCCAGUUACCUUAGCCACUUCACUAAAUAUCUGGCAGGGACUACUUAUUUAUAAUGUAUAAUAAUAUAUUACAUAACGAUAUCCUAAUAUAAGUUAUGUAAGGAAUUUAUGUUAUUUUUGGAUGCCAGCAUAGAUUUCAUUUUUAGCUGUUCUGUCUUGCCUCCUUUCUCUUCUUGCUGGCACAAUUUAAAUUAUUAAGUACCAUUUCUGUUGUUUAAUUCUAUUGUGUGGAUUGCUGGGACUAUUUGGAUUUCCACAUGUGGAAGACCAAAAUACACCCAUAAAUGAAUGGAUAGCAAUAUUGCAACAGCGUGUGGAACAGAAAGGGUGGAAGCGCCAACUCUGGGUAUUCUCUGGCUUUCUCACCCAGGACCCUGCGGACGAGAGCCCAAGCGUCCGAAGGAUUCUGGAGACCUUGGAUCCCGACCCCAAAAGAUGCGGAAAGACAGCGUGUGAAAAACGUUGAGUUGCACAGCCCAUCUGAGACUACAGAAGACUCUGUAAAACUUGCACAAUAUACCCAUCCAGUGAGUGAUUGGUCUCAUUUGAGACUGAUGAAUCCGCAUAUAGACAAGAGGUCGAAUGACUAGCCUUGUGGUGCAACCAGAACAAUCUGGAACUGAAUACAUUCAAAACCGUAGAAAUGGUGGUAGACUUUAGGAGAAACCCUUCCAUACUUCCACCUCUUACAAUACUAGACAACACAGUAUCAACAAUAGAGACCUUCAAAUUUCUAGGUCCUACCAUAUCGCAAGAUCUAAAAUGGACAGCUAACAUCAAAACCGUCAUCAAAAAAGCACAACAAAAAAUGUUCUUUCUGCGCCAACUCAGAAAGCUCCAACUGCCCAAGGAGCUGCUGAUCCAGUUCUACAGAGGAAUUAUUAUCUGCACCUCUAUAACUGUCUGGUUUGGUUCUGCUAUCCAACAAGACAGACACAGACUUCAGAGGGUCAUUAGAACUGCAGAAAAAAUAAUUGCUACCAACCUGCCUUCCAUUGAGGACCUGUAUACUGCACAAGUGAAAAAGAGAGCUGUGAAAAUAUUUACAGAUCUCUCACAUCCUGGACAUAAACUGUUUCAACUCCCACCCUCAAAACAAUGCUACAGAGAACUGCACACCAGAACAACUAGACACAAGAACAGUUUAUUCCUGAAUGCCAUCACUCUGCUAAACAAAGAAUACCCUCCACACUAUCAAACUAUUUAUCUGGACUACAAACUGCCCAAGGAGCUGCUGAUUCAGUUCUACAGAGGAAUUAUUGAGUCUGUCAUUUGCACCUCUAUAACUGUCUGGUUCAGUUCUGCAACCCAACAAGAAAAACACAGACUUCAGAGGAUAAUUAGAACUGCAGAAAAAAUAAUUGCUACCAACCUGCCUUCCAUUGAGGACCUGUAUACUGCACGAAUCAAGAAGAGGGCCGUGAAAAUAUUUACAGACCCCGCACAUCCUGGACAUAAACUGUUUCAACUCCUACCCUCAAAACGACGCUAUAGAGCACUGCACACCAGAACAACUAGACACAAGAACAGUUUUUUCCCGAAGGCCAUCACUCUGCUAAACAAAUAAUUCCAUCAACACUGUCAAACUAUUUACUGAAUCUGCACUACUAUUAAUCUUCUCAUAGUUCCCAUCACCAAUCUCUUUCCAUUUAUGACUGUAUGACUAUAACUUGUUGCUGGCAAUCCUUAUGAUUUAUAUUGAUAUAUUGACCAUCAAUUGUGUUGUAAAUGUUGUACCUUGAUGAACGUAUCUUUUCUUUUAUGUACACUGAGAGCAUAUGCACCAAGACAAAUUCCUUGUGUGUCCAAUCACACUUGGCCAAUAAAAAUUCUAUUCUAUUCUAUUCUAUUCUAUUCUAUUCUAUUCUAUUCUAUUCUAUUCUAUUCUAUUCUAUUCUAUUAAUCUUCUCAUGGUUCUCAUCACCCAUCUCCUCCCACUCAUGACUGUAUGACUAACUCUGUUGCUGGUCUGCUUACGAUUUAUAUUGAUAUUGUUUCCUGAUUGCUUAUUUGUUCCCAAUGACUAUCAUUAAGUGUUGUACCUUAGAAUUUUUGAUGAACAU